AGUUGAAAAUGACCACAAAUUUGAUAUUUGAAGAAUGGAUUUUAGGUUGAAAAAUGGCACGGAGGGACAAGAUAACUAUUAAGUUGCACUUAUACCGUUCCUAUCUAAAGGUUAGGAUUAUUCAAAAAAAGUGAGGCAAACAAAAGGGCUAUGUUAGGGUUAGGGUAAAGCCAUGAAUCCAAUAAACGAAAAAAUACAAUGGAUAAAAUUUGACCUAAAUUCGAUUGAAAAACCACAAAAAGGUUAGCAGAUAGUUGUAAUUGGAGACUACUAAAAGAACGUAUGACGUAAAGAGACUAUUCUUACUUUUUACAAACCUGACAAGCAAAUUAUAUUUAAACAAGUCAAAUUAGUUGAUACUGUAAGUUGAACAUUGUUUGAUAAUUGGAUGAAAUGAUUAUUUGGAUAAAGGAGAGUGUCAAACAAGAGACCAUAGUUGUAUUCUGGAAUAGCAAACAGCGUUCUUUUCCAUUGUCAAAGGUGGUUGUUGAUGCUGGACUGAUGAUUCUAAAAGAGGAAAAUGGACAGAGAAUAGGAGAGUACUUACAUUUGAAGGUCAAUUUGCUAAAAAUCUUAUAAAAAUAGAGAUAAUUACGUUAAAAGAAAAUUAUUUAUUUGAAAUGAAGAACCUCUAUCAUUGACUAAACUUGAACAUAAGAACAAAGAAUAUAUUCAUCAUUUAUCUUAUUGCCAACAAAAAUAUUAAGCAUUUCUAACUCAUUGCCAGUAUUUCCAUUAAAAAUGCAAACUCUAUCAAUUUUAUAAGUCUUUUCAAGGUCAACUGCAAACCAAGAAUGUUGAUUGGUGUCUUUGUGAGUCUUGGCAUAUUCGUAAUAAUCCUGAAAAUGGCAAAAAAAUAUAAAAGAGAAAGAUUUUGCUUUUGCAAAAAGGACAAAAAUGAAGAAUAAUAGAAAUAGAAUCAAGGCAAAAAAAUUUCAUUACUUAUUGCUCUGGAAAUGUUUAUCAUGUUUUUCAACAAAUUCAAAUUCAAAGUUGUCAAUAGAAUCGUCCGUUGAGCCCUUAGAAAUUGUUCUUGAUUUGCGCAAAGAUCAAAUGGAAGACCCUGUCUUUAUUUUCAGGUGUGAUAGAAGAUCGAUGGUAUUGAAAUGUCCAUAUGGUCAGUUAAGCCUUCCUGAAGACGCAACAGGAAAAUCCUGUUGAGAUUCAUUGCACGAGAAAAUUUACAAAGCUAACGACAUUCUCCCUGAUAUUAAGAAAAAAUUUGGGAAAGACAAACAAGCGUUUGUUGAAUCAAUAGUUUGGAUGAGCAAACAUUUACAAAAAAAUGUAAAUUAAAUAUUCCAUUUCUGUCUUCAAGGCCAGAAAAGUUUUUGUAUUUCAUAAACGAAAACAGAAUUAUGAGAAAGUUAACAUUUUUAAUUUUUAGAAAAGAUAAGUCAUUUUCUUUAUUCAUAUCGUUUCAGGAAAAUUCUUUUUCCAUCUUUUCUACAAUAUUUUUAAUGAAAGUUGAACAGAACGUUUACACAUUAUGAGUCAGUGAAUGUAUGUCAGUAUGUUAACGUCACUUAAAGGGGGAGCUUGACUUAGCCAAAGCUAGGAUAAUCCAGUUGACUUGAUGUCAAAUCACCGGGGUAAAUUAAGUCUCUCGUGCAAAACAAAAUGCAAAGAUUUUCAUUUAUUUUAUAAUGCCGUAAAUUUGUUGACAUUUUCAACCAUACCUGUUUGGUAUAUGUCCCCAGGAUAUGUUUCAAAGGGAAAAAAAUAUAUAUUUUAUUCCUUAUGAAUAAGUCUAUAAAAGUCUGAAAAUUCUUGAAUAAUUUAAAUUCAAUUAAAUAAUUUAAUUCAUAUACAGCAAAAUUAAUUCCAGAACUUUCCAUAAUUAAAAUUUACCUUAUGAUUCAUUCUCACUGAGUUUGUUUAUGCCUACUUGAUUGUAGCCUAACAUUAGAUUAUAUAAACCUAUGAUUAUGAUGAUAAAAAAGAUUUGUAUACAACUUUCUACAGUAAAUGUAAAGUUAAUCAGUGUUAACCCUAUUAUAACACAAGACAAUGGCGUCAAGUAAUCAAUCGUUUGUCUUUUGUAAUUUGCAUAAGGAAGAGAGAAUGGAUACCCAGGAUUCAUUUUAUAUUAGCAAAGCUAAUGGAUUUAGAAUUUUUAAAUUUUUUAUAAUCUUAUAUUGAAAUCUCAAAUUUAUCACGUGAUUCAUACAUUAUCAAUGAAUUUAUUGAUUGUUUGAUUAAUUGAUUAAUAAUUGGCAUUUUCUUUAAUUAAAAAGACUUGAUGUUAUGUCAGAAAGACAGUGACACUGAUUCUCUUAGUCUUAAUACUGAUAUGUAUUUCAUCUCUUUUACUCUAUUUUUACAAUUUUUUGUAACAGUUGAAUGCUCAACACCAGUUUACAGCAGUUGUUUAGCUGCUCUUCUUUUGAAUGAUUACAAUACUUCCACAUAUCAAAUUCAACCUUUAACAAAUGGUAAUAUAGCUACGGUUGUGUGCUCUUUUGUGGCUGGUGGAUAUGCUCAAAUUGAAAUUGAUGCUAGUGGACAGCAAGAUGUUAUAAUCAGGACAACAUCGCUAGGCGACUUUGCUACUAAAGAUAUUGAUAUUUCAUAUUCAACGUUAAAUUUUACUGAAUUAAGAGAAAUAGUUUUAAAUUCUGGCAAUUGUUCCCAAGACAUGUACCUUAAAACCGAAGGUACUAUAUCCUCAUUACUAUCUUUUAAGUUUCUCGAUGAAACAAUCUAUAAUUUACAUGGAGCUAACGACGGUUUUUGUAAAUGUAUAACAUCUGAGGUGUGUACAAAUGAUAAAACUAAGAAAUGCAUUGAUACUGGAUCACAUGCCAAUAAUCAAAAUUAUCUUCUUUCUGGUAAACUAUCAGUUUUCUCCAAGAGACUACCGCUAGUUCGAAUCACAUACGGCGAUUUAAACGAUGCUGGUGAGUGGGCCAAACAUAUUGUUAAACCUUUGAAGUGCAGAAAUAAAAUAGAUGAAAAGAUAAGAGUAUUAUCAAAGAGUAAAUGCAAUCAAGAUGUAAAUGUUCUUAUUGACAAAGAUAGAGAAACUUGCAUUGAAAUUGCCUACAAAUCGUAUAUGCAAAUUCAAUUUCCUUACUUUCAGAAUAUUAAUAUAAUAUCAUCUUUUAAUAAUACUUUAUCAGUAACAAUUUAUUCAAAACUACUCAAUCAACACGGAAAAGUUUUAUUAUGUAAAAAAGGGAGUUAUUUAAAUUUUUAUUGCCAGCAAAGAUCAAACGAGAUAUUUAUUGAUAUUUUUCACAAUAAUCUCUUGAAUAGCUCAGUGAAACUUUGCGAAAUUGAAACAUAUUUAUUACAUAAGUGAUAUGAGAGAAACAUUUUGAGUUGUCUUUAUUAAUAUUGCUGUUACUUUCUGUCUAAGUUAUAUCAAUACACACUAUUCUUUUACUCUUCCAGA